AUGUUUUCAGCGAGUCGCGGAACGAGUGAGCAGCGUAGUGGCGCGCACAAUGAGACGCGCGUGGAAGUGACGAGCGUGACCGAGGCUCUCUUGAAGCUGUGGGGCAAGGUUGCUCCCAGCGAGACUCACAUGGACCUCGAUGGUGUCUAUCUCACCGAUGCUGCUCUCUCUCAGCUCGCCUCCUUUCGCUCUCUCACGUCGCUCAGUCCUUCUUGGUCCGACGGCUUCAAACCAGAGGGGUUAACACAGCUUUUCUCCCUCACAGGACUCACGUAUCUGGAUUUGUCGGAUACAGAUGCAACGGACGCUUCUCUUGAAGGAAUUGGCAGCCUGAAGGUUCUUAGCACACUUAAUCUUGGUAACACCGAGGUAACCGAUGCAGGAAUAGCGAAGCUGCGGGGGAUGACUGCACUCGUGACACUGGCCUUGAAUGACUGUGAGUCGGUCACCUCUGCGAGCAUGGUGCACGUGGGGCAACUGACAGCAUUGGAGUCUCUCUGGCUGUGCGACAUUGUAGUGAGGGAGGUCGGGCUGAAACACCUGACUGCUCUCACCUCCCUCAAGCACCUCAGCUUGCCUCCAGGGGUGACUGAUUCCACUUUGAAGCAUCUGAGGAACAUGCCACGCCUAGAGAAGCUGGGGCUGUGGGAUGCGAAUAUCACUGCUGAUGGUGUCAAGUGGGUCAACGUGCCGGCUCAAGAGCCUUAA